UAGAUAGAUAAUCGAUAGAUAGAGAGAUAGAUAGAUAGAUAGAUAGAUGAUAGAUAGAUCUCUGUGCCUCUAGAUUGUAACAAACGUAAAGAACAGAGUGUGGAUUUAUAGUUUUAAAAGCUGCUAGCCCUGUGGGAACCUGUACAGGGUACUAUUAUGGGUUAUCCUAGUCUUAUAGCUGGCAUAACAUUAUGCCCCUGCUUUAUCGUGGUGUCUGUUCCAUUGCUUGAGAUUUGCUGUUGUCAUUCUUGGUGCCCUGGGCACUUAUAUUGAACUGGGCGCCUAGAAAGUCGGUAUCGCUCCAAAGUUUUACAGAUCUGUCCAGAUCUUGCUAUGUAUAUGUGCCCAUAUGUGCCCGGGGUGUGUGCUGCAGUUCAGUGCCCAAUGAUGCAACGUCCCCUAUCGCCAGCUCUGCUGCCCUGACCCACUAUCCUCAUGCCUAGUAAUGGCCAUAUAUCCGACACUCCCCUACACUACAUACUGCACCCUAAUAUCAAGCUGCUACCAGCCUACCACCGGUUGUAAGCUGCAUUUUCUCCUAUUGUGGUCUUAUAGAUUGGGGUGUUUUUUAAUACCUAAAAGUCGGUGUUUUAGACCUAAAUGUUUGGGGGUACCGCACCCCAAUAAUGCAGAUUUGUUUUCCCAGAGGCUGCCCCCCCCUCUUGCAGAGCUGCCCCAAUGCCCAGUUUCAUUGAUUGUUAUGAUUUGUAUGGAAAUUGCAGAGAGCAUUCCAUCUGUAGGCUGAGACGGUGUGAUUGUGUGUGACUGGGGGAAGCUGCUUGUUUCUAUAUAAAGAAAUCUUCUCAGAUUUGCUGUAGCUCCAGCAUCUGGGGGGAAGAGAGAGAGAGAGAGAGAGAGAGAGAGAGAGAGAGAGAGAGAGAGAGAGAGAGAGGGUGAUGCCCCCCACCACCCCGGGUGCUGCUGGAGAGAGCCUGUGUGCUGAUGAUCCUCAUCCUGCUGGGCUCCUCUAGAUAUAAGAACCUUCCACCCGGGAUCACGUGACAUAAUUACCACUAGAAUCAAUCAAGAUGAAUUGCACGUCAGCACACGUUCAGGGUUUUUUCUUGGUUGAUGCUGUCCAAGCUCUCUUGAGCAAUAGAUGGAUCUUGUUCAAUGCAGUGAAAUCUCCUUGUUGCUUUCCAUCGCAAAAAGGGAGACAUGACUGAGUUUGAGAAUUGCAGCAACAGUGCGUCCAAUAUGUAUCUGCCUGGCUGUGCCUACUAUGUGUCUCCCUCGGAUUUCUCCAGCAAGUCCUCGUUCUUCUCCCAGUCUUCCUCCUGCCCAAUGACUCUCUCCUAUUCCUCCAAUUUAACUCAUGUGCAGCCAGUCAGGGAGGUGGCAUUCAGGGAGUAUGGCUUGGAGCGCACAAAGUGGCAGUACAGGGGCACCUACCCCUCCUAUUACCCCAGUGAGGAGGUGAUGCACAGAGACCUCAUCCAACCCACCAACAGGAGAUCCGACAUGCUCUUCAAAUCCGACUCGGUCUGCACCCACCAUGGAGCCCCAAGCAGCCAGUCCAACUUCUACAACUCGGUGGGCAGGAAUGGCAUCCUUCCUCAGGGCUUUGACCAGUUUUAUGACACAACCCAGAACCCUGGCUACCAGCAGGGCAUGGACGAGCAGCCUGCUAAAUCUGACCCCAAAGCCACCAGCCCCACCACUAAAGCCCCUUCCACCCAGGACAAGAAGGUGACAAACGACACCAGCCCCGGGACCCCUUCUGGGGAGGCAGAGAAGAGCAACAGUUCAGCUUCCCAGAGACUUAGGAAAAAGAGGUGUCCAUACAGCAAGUAUCAAAUCCGGGAGUUGGAGAGGGAAUUUUUUUUUAAUGUUUACAUCAAUAAGGAAAAAAGGUUACAGUUGUCCAGGAUGCUGAACCUCACUGACCGCCAAGUGAAAAUCUGGUUUCAGAACCGAAGAAUGAAAGAAAAGAAACUUAACAGGGAUCGACUUCAGUAUUUUACUGGGAACCCCCUCUUUUAAGGUGCUGUCUGGCAGAUGGACCCCGUGACUGCUAGACUGCUGCCUACACUUCUUGUAGAUCCCACGGUUUCAUUUUAAUUGGACCUUGCAAUAUUCAUCUGAUGGAAUUCAAAUUCUUUGGAGGAUGCCUUCUUGGUAAGGAAAGGAUAUUGAAAACGUCACUUACUGAAUGCCAGCCAAUGGUGUGUUUUUAUCUGAAUCUAUAUCUCUGAUUAUUCAAUAGUAAACUGACUGCAAGCUUCUAGGUUGUCUUACAGAUACAUUGACUGAAAAACAGCUAUUAAAUAUGAAUGCAAUUAAUUUAAUAUAUAUAUAUAUAUAUAUAUAUAUAUAUAUAUAUAUAUAUAUAUAUAUAUAUAUAUAUAUAUAUAUAUAUACUUAUGCACGAAAUAUGUUCUCUUGUGGAAAAUUGUUUAUGGUUACAAUGUUGUUAUCAUGAAAAAAAUGCAUGAAUUCCAAAGGGUCGCUGAAUAUGUGCCAGACAUUUAUUCCAUUAUAUAACCCCCAUAUGUAUAUAUUUAUUAAAUUUUCAAUGUCAUUUUUUUAACAACGUGAA